AGAAACAUUUCUUCCAAUGCGCUGGGGGCGGUUGUGUUCACGGAGACAUUCGAGGAGCUGCAGACACUGGAUUGUUCGAAUGCGUCGCUGACGCAGCUGAGCGUGAACAUGACGUACUUGGAGACGGUGAACGCGUCGCAUAACUUCUUGCCGUCGUUUGAGGAGAUUGAGUUGGCCACGACGGUCGAGACGCUGGAUUUGUCGUGGAACCAGUUGUCGGACUGGAAGAAUUUCAAAGUGCCACGAGACUUGAGGGUUUUAAUUGCCAGCCACAACGCAAUUGGAGACUUAUCGGGCUCCAAUUUAUCGUCAUUGGCCGACUUGACAUCAAUUGACUUGUCGUUCAACGAUUUGACCGCUGUGGUAGGGGUGAUUUUUCCGAGCAACCUUACAUCGCUCGACCUGAGCAACAACAGCAUCGAGACCUUCGAGGUUCGUGAGACCGACCUGGCGUUGCUGUCCAGCCUCACCUCCUUCAAGAUGGACGACCUCCAGCAAUCUGAUUGCCCGACUAGUGGUGCUACAACAGAAUCAAUCGGCAAUGCCCAGAUUUGUGUUGUCUCUGACUCUGUGUUCCAAACGGCGUACUUCCGCACUAAAAGUGCGUGGCAAGCAAACUCUACUAUCGUGUAUCUGAGUGUGAUCGUGAGCGCCCUGAUAAGUCUCUGGUUCGUCGCAUUGCUGGUAGCUCACACGAUUGAAAGGCGCCGGCAGCAUGUGGCCGAAAAGAAGAAGAUUCCCGAUGACAUGCAACGCGACACAGUGGAGAUCUCGUCAUCUCUUACCGCAUCGAGACAUUGGUCUUUGUCAAAAGAAGGCGACUUGCCCAACGACGUGCGCUUCGACAACGACUUUGCCUCGCUCCGCAUCGACCCGUCCGAUGUUAUGCAAGUGCGCACUCUCGCUCACGGCAGUUUUGCGAUGGCGUCGCUGGUCUAUCUCGGAGACAAGCAGGCAGUCAUGAAGAAGGUGACAGUUCACACGCAGGGCCAGGAUCGAGACCAGAUGAUCGCGUUCAUGGACGAAAUCCGCGUGUGCGCGAAGCUGGAGCACCCGAAGGUCGUGGCCUUCCUCGGCAUCAUGUGGGCCAGCCUCUCGGACCUCUCGGCCAUCGUCGAAUACAUCCCUCGAGGCAGCUUGGCAGUGUUCCUGAAGGAGAAGAAACCAGCGCGGAAAAACUCACGACCGACAUUCACGUGGCUCGAGUCGUCGAACGAGACGCCGAGCAAACUUUCGUUCGCUCUGCAAAUGUCGGAGGCUCUUGUUUAUCUACAGAGCUUUGCGCCUCCAGUGAUCCACGGACACCUGAAAGCAGACAGUGUGCUGCUCGGAUCGUCGUGGGAGAUCAAGCUGAACCGACUUGGCUACAUGUUGAACACAUCGUCGUUAUCCAUGGAGGACCGCGCGUGGGUUGCGCCCGAGGUGCUCGCAAGCGGCGACUUUGACGAGAAGUCGGACGUCUACUCGCUCGGUGUGGUGAUGUCCGAGCUGGAUCGCUGCAAGCUGCCGUAUUCGCGCAAGGCGUCGCGCCGACAGAGCGUGGAUGAUGCGACUGCCUUCAAGCCAAAGUUCCGAGACGACUGCCCGCCCGAAAUCCUCGAGAUCGCGCAGAGCUGUCUUCGAGACGACCCCGCCGAGCGUCCUACGGCGAUGGAGCUCCACUACUCCCUUCGUCAGCUUCAGCGUCAAAGCCAGGGUCAGUAG